AUGACUUGUUACAUAGAGGAAUGGUCUAGGCAUCGUCUGAACUACACAGCUGAAGCCCAAGUUCAGCAGUGUACAAGUGGCGGCCGAGGUCGGCAAGGAAAACCAUAUUCUUUGUUAUGGGGAUUCCACAUGAUUCUGCUAUUUUUGCUCAUGAUUCAUCUCUCUACUAUGUACCUAGUCAAACGUCAUUUACCAAAGCCUCCCGUGCCUGGACCCGGAUACGGAUGCAGACGCCUGAGCGGCAUCGCCGGUUCGUUCCCUACAAGUCUAUCUAGUAUUGGCCUCAAAGUUGUGGAUGGCAUGUCGCCAACAACGUCACUUAGUUUGAACUGCGGUGAGGGUUGA